AUGUCAGAUGCCCCGCCAGGCGCCUUUCAAAAGGGCAAGCAGCUCCAGGUGGGCUCCCACAAAGUGGCCAUUCUAAAUUAUCUUUCUGCCGGGGGGUUUGCCCAUGUGUACACGUGCACGAUUGAUCCACCGUUUCAUGGCAACAAAACCGCCUGUUUGAAGCGGGUCGUCGUGCCAAAUAAGCUCCAGCUCAGCUUGCUCAGACAGGAGGUGGACGCCAUGAAGCGCUUGAGGGGGAAUAAGCACAUUGUGUCGUAUAUAGACUCGCAUGCCUCGAGGCUUCCGUUGGCGAAGCCCACUGAUCCUCAGCAGUACGAGGUGUUGCUUUUGAUGGAGUACUGUUCCAACAAUGGCUUGAUAGAUUUCAUGAAUACCAGAUUGAAGCACCGUCUCACGGAGUCGGAGGUGCUCAACAUCAUGUCACAGAUCACCACUGGCGUUGCUAUGUGCCAUCAUCUCAAUCCCCCGUUGAUCCAUAGAGAUGUCAAGAUAGAAAACGUCUUGAUUGACGAGAAAGGCACCUACAAGCUCUGUGAUUUUGGCUCAGCGGUCCCCUACGCUCCAGUGCCUCAAACUCCUCAAGAACUAAACACUCUCCACAGCGACAUAAUGCAUCAUACAACCCCUCAGUAUAGAGCGCCUGAAAUGAUAGAUCUCACCAGAGGGUUCCCCAUAGACGAUAAGCUGGACAUAUGGGCAUUGGGGAUAUUUUUAUACAAACUAUGUUACUACACUACCCCUUUUGAGCUGCCCCACCAGACUUCAUUGAGCGAUCUUGAACAACUGAUCAUCAAUUGCGACAAGAAUCUUCGUUUCCCAGGCUCUCCGCAAUACUCGUCCCGUUUACAGAACGUUAUACGUUGUUGUUUGAGGCCAGAUCCUAGACGAAGACCCAAUGCGCUUCAGCUUCUUCAGGAGGUUUGUCUGAUGCAAGGCAUCAAACGACUUCCUGAGACCGUUCCAUAUUCAGUUCGCAUAUCCAAGACCGUUCCUAUCAAAUACGACUACGCAAAUGUCAACAAUGAUUCCGCCACUCAAACUCAGGUUAUCAAAGGUAUGGGCCCUCAGAAAGCCUCCAUCAAGCCCAGUCCUCUGGAUGUGUUCGCGUCGAUAGACAAAACGAAGAUUUUGGCAAUGGGUGGACCAUCUAAAAAGGCUGAUUCGGCCACUCCUCUUUCAAGAUCCAAUAACUCUUCAGCAACAUUGCAUGAAAUGAUCAAAAAGCAAGUCGACAGUAGCUCUACUGAACUCCACAAUAUGCGCAACUCUGAGGAUCUAGAUCGCGGCACUCUCAGUUUCUUGAAGUCAAAGGAGGAGGACGGCAUUAGCUCUCGACAAAGUACUGGCGGGUCCAUCAAAGCUUCUAUCAAGAAGGGUUUAAGAAGAAUCAGUACAGGAGGCUCGAUUUCUUCGCAGAAAAGUGGAAGCUCAGAUUACAAAAGAGGAUCCAGCACUUCAUCUAUGAAAAAUAUGCUCAAUGGGUCCAAAGAUUAUGAAAAUAGGGACGAUGUGAACUACUUGCGUGUUCCAUCGCAUGAGAAGAAAGUGUCGUCUAUACAGAAGAGAAUGUCUCUUCUUUUCAGUAACAGUGAGAAAAAGCCUCCAAAAACUGCGUCGGGUUAUGGCAAGUACACUGAUCAAGAUGACAUAUCGGCUAUAAAUUAUACAGAUUUGUCGGCAUCCGUAAGUGCCGAAUCGUUGACGACAAACGAGUCAAGCUCUUCAGAAGAGAAGCCUCCACCGAAACCUAUUCUUCCUAGACGCGACUCCGAGAAACGAGCGAAAGGAGGUGUAUCAUCAAAGAAAUUUAGCUCACCUCCUCCCGUUCCUCUAGAGUUGAGAAAAUCGCAUUCUCAGAUCACAGUGCCUAAAAGGCAACUGUCCCCAGCGAAGAAUAUCAUCACAUCGAAACUGGAAGCCAACAUCGUUAAGGCUGAGCCUAUCAAGUCUUCGAAGAGAUCUACCCCGGCUAAACCACAUAAGAGACCGCCACCUCCAAAGCCUACGAAGCCCAAGCAUUUAAAAAUUCCCGCUGGUACCAGGCGACUUAGUACCUCAAGCGAUUCUUCGAUGCCUGAAAUUCCCGAUGUAGAUGAUCUUGAAAGGCUGUUUGCUAAAAGGUUUCCCAGUUACGUCUAA